GACGCCGCGGUGAACCUUCAUCUUCAGGGAGCACUUACUGUCCGUCAGGCGGCGGAAGUUCGAUCCAUUCGAAGCCCGGUUAAGGUUCACAGUCAUUCGAGAUGGCAAGAGCAACUGCUGUUAAGUCGUAGCAAGGUCGCCCCAGCGGAAGCUCGGGCGGAACGAAUAAAAGGCCGAAAGGCCCCCCCUUAA